AUGCCUCAUUACGACGAAAGCUUUUUCCACGACGACAAUCAAAAUCAGAGAAGGAACAAACGAAGUUAUCGUGUUUAUAAAACCGGGCUGAGCCCAUUGAACAUUCUGGAAUCCGGAGAUGUUUUGCAAACGCUCGAAGAGAGAGGAACUUCAGUUAUUAAACGAAAUAUUCGUAAUAUUAAACGUCGAGGCAAUAGACACAAACCAGAUUCGUGCCCAUCCCACGUGCAAAAUGCUAAGUACAGGGGCCAUGAUGUACUGGCGGUUCGCGUACCUAGGAUCAGCGUGUUUGAUCCUAAUAAAUUUUAUGACAUGAGGAACAACAACGUCUUGCCGCUAAGCUCUUGCAAGAGUUUUGAUAAUUUAACCUUCAAAAAAACGCGCAAUAGCGACCCGAACAAGGAGAAAAUGAGGACUGGAACAAGUCUUCAGAAUCUUUUGUGCGAAGAGAACUUGAAGCACUUCUCGUCACCCUCGGAGGAGUGUUUGGUUACGACUCGUGUGGAGGAUGUGAGGAAUUCGUAUUCUGUGGCCGAAGCGCGUCGGCGGCCUAUGAGGCGCGUGUCGCGGAGUACAGCGGCACCGGGUGUUGGGGUGUACAGGCAGAUCGGUGAUCGCUGUGCCGACAAAAGGAAUACUCCAGAGAGCGAGGUCUGCGGGGAGGCGGGAUCGGGACAUCGGGGCUCGUUGCGCGGCGCCAAUAAGUUGGCCCGCCGCGCCCGCUCGUUCAAGGACGACCUGCUGGAGCGCAUCUCGAACAUGCGGUCGCCAGCGCAGGCCCAUCAUCCACCUCAUCUCUCGUCCGCAAUCAGAUCUGAUUCGAUCCGCUGCUACCAAAUGUCGACCGCUCCGCGCUCGCCCGUCGCCGGCUGGCUCAACAAACGCACGAAUCGGCUGCACCGGCGAUUCGCCAACAAUGGAAAACGAUCACACUCCCCGCUUAGUCCGAAACUUCGGAACAUGGGGCCCAAAUCUGUUGCCACAGUCGAAGAAGGUGAAGUAACGCCGGCCAAAGAAUUAGAACGCCUAGUCAAAGAAGUAACGUUCGGCCUGAAACACUUCUCCGAUGUGAUCACGAAACGUAAACUGGAGAUGCUGCCCGACAACGGGACCAUAGUGUUCGAAUCGAUCGCGAACAUACACAAAGCGAUAAAACCGUACUGCAGCCGAUCACCGCCGCUGACCGGGGCCGUGAGGAGGCUCUGCGCGGCCCUGGCGAUGCUCAUACGGCUCUGCGACGAGGUGACGGCGGUGAGCCUGCGCGCGGACGCGACCAACGAGGAGUUGGACACCUCUGCCGCGGCCCUCUCGCCGGAGCACGUGAGCACCGUGGUGAAGGGCGUCACGGCCGCCGUGGAGGAGGUGGCGGCCCUGGCGCAGCAGCACAUGACGCGGCCCGCAUUGUCCCCGAGGCCGCCGCUGGUGUCGCCCAGGGCUUCCACGCAGAGGAACUCCCUUCCCGAUAUACCGUUGACACCAAAGGAGAGGUCAUUGUUAACCGGUGAAACUGGUACGGAAACUACCGGAGUUCGCGCCUCGCACUCGUCUGAGUCCGUACUGGACGCUCCCGACUCGCCGCCCCCAAAACCAGCGAGGCCCAUAAGGAAAAUCGAGUUGGCCCCACCUCUGCCGCCGAAGCGCAAGUCCGCCAACGACAACUCUCUUCUCGCCCUGUCCAUCGACAGACUGUCUCUCCAAUCGCAUAGCAGUGGCUCCCUGGACUCAAUGCUUAAUGUUUCCAAUGAUGAGGACAGAAAUACACACGACUCCAUCAACCAUGAUCAAGUGUUCGUCACACCGCCUAAUUCUGAUUUAGUUGGUAUGUGCAGCUGUAAUAGUGCAAAUGAAAUACGGGCCUCGAUGGAGUCACAUGAAAUGCACAUGAACAACGUACACGCGCACUCAAACAACAAUCGCUUCUCCAACGAGUCGGGCUUCGUGUCCGUCGGCCAUUCGGAGAUCUCGACGGAGCACAGUUUCACGUCCACGUUCUCCUCCCACCACUACUCGAGCCAUACGGACAGAUUAGCAAGUAUAACAUCGGACGAGAGCGAAACUCCACCGGAGUUGCCAGUGAAGACGAGACGCAACAUACGCGCCGACGUUCAGCAACACUUCCCCACAGUCGAGAUAAGGCAAAGCCCUGUGUGCUCAUUGCACGGAGACGCUAGACCACACACAUUGGCAGAUCAUCACCCACCACGGCCGCCACCUCUGCCACUCAAGAAGAAACACAUAAUGGCAUACAUGGAGAUGUUCGGCAACUGCAGCCACCCGCCGAACAGCGUCGCCGCACCGCCCGACAUGUUCCGCCACUCGAUCCACACAUACAACCUGGCCAGCGCCCAGCACACAGCGAGCGGUACUAUAAGCGUUCAGCGUCACCAACAAGUCCAGCGCUCCAUUGCUCAAUCCUUCACGGUGCAACAUUUUGGUACUGCGCCGCCCGCCCUAAGCGGAUCGGACGAGAGUGUGAUGAAAACGUCGACUGGAACAAGUCCAGUGCCGCCCGAACCACCUGCGUUGCCUCCAAAAAUGAACAAAAACAAGCAGACCACAGUGAACUCGAGCAACGAACUUCUCCCGCCACCGUCACCGCGGCCUUCAUCACACAAUAGUUCCAUUGAUGACUCCAUUAUGAACAAUGUGAGCUCCGAGGAGUUGUACCUGAGUUCUAAUUCUCCGGGGAAAUUCCCUCUUGAGGAUGAAUUGGAGAAUAUUGUGCAGCAGCCGAUGCCAUCACCUGUUCCGUCGCAGAGAAGUGAAAACAACGUCGAGGCCAAUGCAGCGACAGCCGAGCCCAAUACGGCGGACUCGGAAGACAUCAUCCUACAGACGGACAUCAGUCAGUGGCUGCUGCUGAAGACGCCCGCCAAGGAGGGGCCCGAAGUGAGGGGCGGACACCCGGACGCACUCAUCGUGCUCGCCACAAAGGCUACCAAAGAUUUCGCGUACCAAGAGGCGUUCCUGGCGACGUACCGCACGUGGGUGUCGCCGGGCGGGCUGGUGGCGCGGCUGGUGCGGCGCGCGCACCACCUGCGCUCCAGGACCCACGAGCUGAGGUCCACGCUGGCGCUGCUCACCAGGAUCGUGGCGGACCUCACGAUGGCCGAUUUGGACCGUCCAUUAAUGCAAGAGAUAAUGGAGUUCAUCUAUUGGUUAGUCGAUGCCGAAGAGUUGCCCAUAGCAAAGGCUUUACGACAGAUACUCGUCGAUAAACAAAAACAACUACAUUUUCAACAAACAAACAACCGAUACGAAUACGACACGCCCUGCUACGGAUCGGUGUCGCUGCGACGGGACACCCUUCUGGACUUCAAGGCCUCUGAGUUGGCGGAACAGAUGACGCUGCUGGACGCCGCUCUGUUCGUCCGCAUCACCACCGCCGAGGUGCUCUCGUGGCCAAGGGACCAGUCGGAGGAGAGCUCGCCCAACCUCACCAGGUUCACCGAGCACUUCAACAAAAUGAGCUACUGGGCCCGCUCGAGGAUACUCGAACAGGAGGAAGCCAGGGAGCGGGAGAAGUACGCGAGCAAGUUCCUCAAGGUGAUGAAGGCGCUGCGCAAGAUGAACAACUUCAACUCGUACCUGGCGCUGGUGUCCGCGCUGGACUCGCCGCCGGUGCGCCGGCUCGGCUGGCCGCGCGCCAUCGUCGACACGCUGCACGACCACUGCGCCAUAAUUGACUCCUCCAAGUCCUUCAGCGCAUACAGGAACGCGCUCGCCGAGACCCAGCCGCCGUGCAUACCUUACAUCGGUCUCGUACUUCAAGAUUUGACAUUUGUUCACAUCGGAAAUCCAGAUUUGUUGCCAGACGGAAGUAUUAAUUUCACCAAGCGAUGGCAGCAGUAUCAAGUAAUGGAGAGCAUGAAGAGGUUUCACAAAGAACAGUACAAGUUCAAGAAGAACGAGCGCAUCCAGGCGAUGUUCAACGGCUUCGACGACGUGCUCAGCGAGGAGGCGAUGUGGCAGGUGUCGGAGAGCAUAAAGCCGCGCGGCGGACGGCCGCGGAACGCCUCCGCGCCCUCGCCGCCCGCCCCCGCCGCCGCGCCCGCGCCCGCCCCCGCCCCCGCUCAUGCGCAGACCGCCGCU